GCAGCGCUGCCGCCCUGCUCCUGGCGCCUCACAGCGCUGCGGCUGCUUGGGCAGCUGAGACCAGCUCCCUAGCUUUGUGGGGUCCGAAUGAGCUUCUCCUCGCUUAGAGCUUCGCAGUGCCCUCGGGCAGAGUAUGAAGCAGAGCAGCCUCAAUUUCCAGAUAUUCCUGACUCCAAACAUAGAUCAGUAUCUUUAGAAGCAGGAAUAUUGCAGCCCUUUCAUAUGGACUGGUUUAAUUCAGCCCCUGCAGCUGAUACUGUUGCCCAACAGUCACUUGCUGUACCCCAGGCAGCCCCACUUCCAGAACCACCUGAUCCCAAAACGUGUUCUGCUGGAGAAUACCUAGAGUAUUUCAUAUUCCCAGUGCUCUUACCUGGAAUGGCUGAGCUUCUGCAUCGAGCAAAGAAAGAAAAAUGUUUUGAGAGAAAAAGGACCAAAUUCAUUGCCUGUGAUUUCCUGACAGAAUGGUUAUACAACAAGAACCCAAAGAGGAAAGAUGAGUCAUUCACAGAAUUCUUUGCCAUUCCUUUUGUGAAAGAGUGGCUAAAGGACCAUCCUAGGCCACCAAUUCCCCUCUCUCUCCGGCUGUCAGAAGAAGCAGCAAGCGUAGUCAUUCAGUCCUUCUGGAGAGGUUAUCGGGUCCGCUGUGACAGCGAAAUACAAGAGCUGCGCCAGUGGCAAAAGCAACUGAGAGAGGCCAAAAACAUUACUCAGAUAGUGGAAGAGUUCUGGGCUAAGCAAGAAGCCAAGGCUUCACGACAGAUGGGCUUCCUUCACCUGCUUUCUCCUGAUGCAGCGAGAGAUACCCUCAGCUCAGCGCCGAUACCCACUGCUGGCUGCCAAACGAGGGUGCUGAGGAGCAAACCGGUGGAGCCUUGUUGGCAAAGCAGCAAAACAGAAGCCUUUAACUCUUUGGCUGGGGCAAAGUUUGGAGUAACUUCAGUGGUAGCUCCGCAUCAGGCAGGACUUGGGCUCCUCAGUCGCUAGAACUGAAAUGGCUGGGAAAAGAUGCUGCUUUUGUUCUUGGUUCUAGAAACCUCCCUCUCUCUAGCUCCCCUGUCUUGCUUGCGUUCUUAAGUAAUAGCUUAGAACAUGAAUACUGGCAGCUUGCAGGACUGCUUUGCAUGCCAAGGGACUGCAUCGGUCCUCAAGCCUUGUUCAAAUGAGCCAAAAAAGGGCUUGUGGCAGUUGGUGUCUGCCUCCUGCAACGAGCUCUUGAGAGCAAGACUGGGUGUGGUGGUGUCUCACGUCAGAACCAGCACAUCACUUUUGUCAGGUGCACAGGCCAGCAACGGCACCUCCCACAGUACACAGAUCACCUGUGUGCUCCACCGCCAGCCAACUGCGUGCUCGAGCAAGCUUUCACUCUUGUGUUGCAGAAGGUUGUAAUUAAACACUGCUGUGGCUUUCCCCUCUUGACGACUUUGGACCGCACUGGUGCUGGAAUGCAAAACGUUUGAGUGCCACUAAACACUAAGAGUUGAACUCUGGAAGCAUACCCAAAGUGCUGUGGAAGAGACAGAGGUGUCUGCCUUCUCGCUUUGCCUCCUCAAAUCAAGUGCUCCUGUUCCCUCCAGCAGUCUGCUCUGCCCUCCACCUGCCAGGGAGAUGAAAUCGAAUAACCCCUCUUGAAAAGAGCCAUUUCACCAAGUCACACCCUGAGGAUGUAACCGCUUGAGAAGAGCUUGUGCCCAGAAACUCCAACUGCUGCCCUUGUCACGGCGAGAUUUUGAUAGGCUUCCCGUUCUUAUCGUACUGGUAAACAAGCAUUUUGAUGCAGUGGGAGUUGGCCGGGGAAAUCCACGGGCUGCUUGUUAUGGAAAAGUUAUGGUUUGUGUAGAACUGCACAGGCUGCUUCUGGCACUUAAAGAAGGCUUUCAGCGUGGCGGCUGCCAUCGUGCGAAACCUUUUGCUGAUGAAGCAGUAGAGGAAGAAGUUAAUCGCGGUGUUGAGCAGCGCGAGCAUGUUGGCGACGUCCGAGGCGAUGUGCACCACCCAGCUGUUGUUUAUGGGCGACACGUAGAGGUGAUACAAGAUCAUGAUGACUCUUGGUGCCCAGAGGAUGGCAAAAAUAGAAGUGAUGGUAAACAGAAUGGCUGUCGUCUUGCCCGUGGAGUACCCCCGCAGUCGGAAGUUGCUCUUUCGCCGCAGCUUGUACACGAUGAUGGAAUUCAGGAUAAAGAAGAUGGAGCAGGGCACUAAGUAGACGGUGAAGCAGUGGAUCCAGAUGAGGAUUUGGUGCAUGGAUGUGCUUAUGUAGUCUUCGAUCCAGAUGUUGGGCCACCAGUAGUAGGGGAUGCUGGUCAGAAAGCAGGUGACGUAGACGCUGACGAUGACCUUCCGGGUGCGGGCAGGGUAGGAGACGGUGUGGUACUUGAGCGGGUGGCACACAGCUAUGUACCGGUCGAUGGUCAGCGGCACUGUAAUCCAGAUGGAGGUGUGGAUGGAAGAAAACUCCAGUACCUCUAUUAUUUUGUCCAGCACCUGAGGCAUCUGUUUGUUUAAGAUGAAGUCUUCCAUGAGGAAGUCAACAAAGACGAUGAAGAAGAGGACCAGGAUGUCAGCAGCAGCUAGAGCUAGCAGGUAGUUAUAGGAGGACUUCUGCCGGCGAGCCACGAGCUGGGAAAGGAUGAUGACUGUCAGGAUGUUUGCUGUGGAGACAGAAACACAGGGUUAGGCUACUCAGACAUGACACCAGCCUUUCCCAGCGCCGGCUUGGACCAGUGGCUCCAUUCAAGCUCUUGGCAACAGGACUGCUUUUACUGAGGUCCAGGAAACCUAAAGGAAGACACCAGGCGUGGGUGCCUCAG